AAAGCUAGCUACACUUGGAGUUUGUAACGCAGAGAAAAUUCAAUAGAUCACCACAUCUACCAAAAUUUUCCAAACACCGACAAUGUCGAGAUCUUUAGCUCUCGUUUACUUAUCCAUACUUUUCUUUCAGACCCAUCUCUCAAUCUCCGUCGAGAUUCCGAUGUCGUCGGUGAACGGAGAAACCGAGGCAAUGCUUGACCGGAACGGCGUAAUCGGAGAAGAAGAAGGAGAGGAGAUGAUGAUGCCAUCGGAGUUAAGCCGGAGAGUAAUGAUGAUGAGGAAACAGUACAUAAGCUACGGAACGCUAAGAAGAGACAUGGUUCCUUGUCAGAAACCAGGUGCUUCUUACUACGCUUGUCGAUCAGGACAAGCCAAUUCUUACAGUAGAGGAUGUAACAUCAUUACUAGGUGUGCUAGAGACACUAGCGACAUCAAGACCUGAAACAUUUUUUUUUUAAAUGCGGAUCUUGAUGAUGAGUUUGUGGAAAUGCUCUCUCUCUCAAAGGAUGAGGCAAGUAAAAAACUUAUUUGUUUUUGUAAUGUUGUUGUUUUACAGUAGAAGGCUUUAAUUAAAUGUAUAAUCAAUGUUGGAAUAAUUGGUAUUUUCUAAUAUUAUUGCAAGUGUUGAGUUAAUUGAUAGA